AUGUCAGCCUCAAUGGGCAGCCCCAAACUUCCAGUCAUGUCCUUGAAUCUGGUGCUCUCCAUGGAUCUUGCAUCGGCUUCGGACCGAACCAACGCAUCGGAGUCGACGACAAUCAGCGAGCGUCACGACAGUGCACGGACUAGCAUCUGCAGCAGCGACACCGAUAGCAGCAACACGACAUCAUCCAAGAAGGCUCGGAAGCACGUCCGCUUCGAGGAAAAUGUAUGCUGUUCAUACUUUGACGCCAACUGUUGGUCGCCCCAGCCAGAACCCGAGCCCGUACCACAACCACAAUUGCAUCGACGGCCUUCCCUCAUGGCGAGAAGCUGGGCUCGUAUCAAGCUUCGCAACAACUCCACCGAAUCCGAUGUGGGAUCGUCAUCUUCUGCUAGCUUGGAUCGACUGAAAGGCRACAACUAUUCCACCGACUUGCUGGAUGCGGGGAGGGGGAAAGCAUCGGUCGCUCCGGGUCGCGCCAACCCUUAUGGAUAUUCAAUACAGCAACCACUCCGAGAGUCGGCCGGGCGAAGAUACAGUCGCGCUCAGACGACUGUCUGCUGGAAAGCCGAGCCUCCUACUGCCAAGGGAGAUUGGGGUGACUUGCUCGGAACCAGACCCGAGAGGCCUCAAAUGAACAGGGCUUUCACAUAUUGA